UGUCAUAUUCCAGUCUGAUGUAGUUGGAGAAUUUUGGUAUGAACUGGAAUUAAUUGCAGAGAAGCCAGUGGCAACUACACUUCCUGAACUCCAGUGUGAACUUGGAAAAUGGACUCGUGAGUUUAUCCCUUUAGUUAAUCCUACUGAUGAAACUCUGAAAUUGGAAACUGUCAACAGUAAUCCAAGCAAUUUCUCUUUGGAGAUAGAACCUAAGAAACCGCUGGUUGUGGCACCACACUCGUCGACCAAGAUACCUGUCCAGUUCUGUCCUUCUGCCCUCGGGAAAGCUAACCACACAACAACCAUUACAUUCACGUGCAGACAGCUGGAAGAAUGGACAUUCCACAUGUCUGGAGUAGGCCUUAUCCCUCUGCCAAUGGAGCCUCUAAGUAUCAGCACUUGUGUUGGCACGCAUUCCUCCAUUAUUGUGCCCUUCAGAAAUCCUACUGAUGACAAUGUGCUGGUGGAUGUGCUGCUAACAGGUAAUGGGCCCAUUUGAAUCUAAUGCAUCCAUUAAAACUGUCAGUUCGAUAACUCAGCUAGCAAGGAAGAAAUGAACAGGAAUGAUAUUCAAGAGCAUUAUAGCCCGAAGAGGACAAAACAUGAUUUAUAUGCAAUAAAAUUUAUAACGCAGGAUCUGUCCAUGCAAUAUCCCAAGGCCUGAGCAGCAAAUUAAU